GUUCUGUUGUAUAAGAAACUGUUACCACAUAAUCAGAUUGCUGCUGUAGAAGCAUGGGUAGCUCUCUUCAGAUGAGCAGGAUGUAUUACUAAUAUGGAAAUGCACAUGUUGUUUAAAUAGGUUACAUAAAGAAAUGGCAUGGCAAAACUGCUAAGCUUUGAAUAAGAGAGAAAUAAUCCAUUAUAGGCAAAAUGCCAAAUUAUUUCCAUUACUGUGAAGUGUAAGAAAAUAAGUGAUUUUUAUUCUGAGGAAAAGAUGUUUUGGGUUUGAGUUGUCUAAUUAAAAAAAAUUAAACUGAAUUAUUUAGAGAUUAUGAAUGCAAUUAAGCUGAUAAAUAACUUUCCUCACACUACAACCUAUUUAAUGUUUUGAUACAGCAGAGACUUAUUUAAUUAUACAAUUUGAAAAACAUCAUAGCAGGAGCUCAUGGGAGUUGAGCCGCAGUACUUUAUUUUCCCAGCAGACCUUAAGCAUGCUGAUAUUAAUUUUUAAAAAAAGUUUAUUGCGGUUUUUAUUUGAACAAGAAAAUAAGGUUAUUUUUUUUAAAGCCACUGUAUAAGUCUGAGGAAGGAAGAUCAGUAAGCAGAGGGCCUGUGCAGACUUAUGGUCCAGUGCUCACUCUCUCCAGAUGUGACCUGCACUGUCACCAUGCCCCCCUUGCCUCCCUCAUUUUGAACACUCAUUUGCGAUACUAAUAUUUAGAAGCAUAAUCAAGCACUGGGAGUUAGUAGUUGGGGGGAGCGUAUUUUUAAUCAACCUGUGGCUGACUAAUUUUGGUUUGGAGCUUGAUGAGUGGCGGCUGGGUUUGUGGCUACUGCUGUGAAAGAUGUAUUAAUACGGACUGUAGUCUUAAUUUUUGUGAAAGUGCUUAGAGCACUAGCUUUUUAGUUAAGAUAUAAAUCCAAGUAGAUAAAUGUGUGAGAACAAGUCCGGGGGAAGGAUUUUUUUUUUUUUUUUAAAAAGUCCUGGAUUUCAACUUGUGGGGGCUGUGGUGAAAACAGGAUUUCACUUUACCAAGCACACUUCAGGCUAAAGCAAGCCAUCGCUAUGACCCCAUCCCCAUAGCCUCUGCAUGUCUUUUAACCUUAAUGCCAAAGGCCCAAAUCUACAACGGUAUGGAGGCUACUAACAUCCACUCGAGGCCUGUGUGAAUCGUGGCCAAAAUAGCUAUUUCUUAAUUCAUUAGAGGCAGCGCCUCUGUGACGCGCCUCGUCGGAGGAGCGGCCGCAGCCAGCUGAAGGCAAAGGGGAGGCCUCAGCCGCGUCCAUUAAGGAGGCCCAAGCGUGGCGCUUGUAGCUUGAUUGGUCGCGUCUGAACGAUGACACCGCCGGACCAGGGGCAUCCAGGCGCAAAAAAACCAAUUCGUGUAAGAUACACUCUCCCCACGCCAGCAAACAAACAGAACGCCCAGCGAAAGACCUGGUGUAAGGGGGAGGGACAGAAGUCAUCCCCGAGCCCGCGUUUGCAGCCCCAGUCACGUUUCUGCCUGACCUGACAGGUGCUCCCGGCCACCUUCCCCGGCGGCCGUUCGCGGCCAGCUCGCCCCCGUCCCCCUCCGCCGCUCUGGCUGGGCACGGGCGAGGAGUGCCCGGGGCAGCAGCGCGGGCCCCCGCACCUCCGAGCUGCGGGGCGAGGUCAGCGAAGCAGCCAGCUCGCCGGAGCAAGUGCUAAGGCACCGCGCGGAGGAGGGAAAUCCGUCCCCCGGGCCGGGAGCAGGCGCUGCCGCGGGGAGGGACUUGCCCCCCGGCAAAGCAAUCGCGGGCCCCCUCCCCCGCAGGCUGCCCGAGGGGCGGGCAGGGGGCUGGCUGCGUGUCGUGCAGCAGCAGCAGCAGCAGCAGCAAAGACUCCAGCUUCCCGCAGCCCUCCGGGCAAAUGACCCCCCCCCGCAGGGCUGGGGCUCCGGCAGGCGCCACCUCGUCCCCCGAGCGCUCCUGGCUGGCCCUGCCACCCUCCCUCGCUCGCUCGGCCGCCUCUGGCGGCGUUGACCUCAUCUCAGCAAGUCCUGCUGGAGCCUGGGUGGACGCGGGGGGAGGAGGAGGAGGAGGAGGGCUCAGCCAGCUCCCGUCCCCAUUGGAGAACGAGCUGCGACAGCUCCAGCUGGAGCGGGAGACGGGGCUAAAGAGGCUGAACCUGCCCCCAGGAGCCCAGGGAAGCCUGAAGUUUUAAAGUGAGAACUUUCUUCUGGCAGGGCUUCAGAUUCCAGGGGGAACCCGCUCUCUCCCUUCCCCCCUGGGCGGGCUGUACAAUCCUCGGCAGUGUCCUGAGACUGUAUGGUCAGCUCAGGGGCGACCUGGCCAGGGUUGCUUCAGCCUUUUCCUCGAGGACAACUCGUUGCACCAGCGUUGCUGUCAGCGGCGAGAGAGCGAGCGAUUCCCCGGCCUUCCCGACACCCGGCUUCCUCCCUCCAAGCCUGGGAUCUCUAGGCUGCCGGCUGUGUUUUUGGAGGGGGAGAUCGGCAAGCAGGACACUCACAGCCGUGACUGAGGAGCCCUAGUUGGCAGCCCGAGUUGGUUUUAGCGGCACAAGGGGCAGCAGCCUCAAUGAUGACGGCUGACAAGGAAAAGAAAAGGAGCAGCUCAGAAAGGAGGAAGGAGAAAUCAAGAGAUGCAGCAAGGUGCAGAAGAAGCAAGGAGACUGAAGUAUUCUAUGAAUUAGCCCAUGAACUGCCCUUGCCCCACAAUGUUAGUUCGCAUCUGGACAAGGCAUCCAUAAUGCGUCUGGCAAUCAGUUUCUUACGCACUCACAAACUGUUGUCCUCAGUAUGUGCUGACAAUGAGAGUGAUCUAGAGACAGACCAGCCGAUAGACAACUUGUACCUGAAAGCUUUGGAGGGAUUUAUUGCUGUGGUGACGCAGGAUGGAGAUAUGAUCUUUUUGUCAGAGAACAUCAACAAAUACAUGGGCCUUACACAGGUGGAAUUAACUGGACAUAGCAUAUAUGACUUUACUCACCCAUGUGACCAUGAGGAAAUUCGAGAGAAUCUGAGUUUGAAAACUGGUCCAGGCUUUGGAAAGAAAAGCAAAGAGAUAUCCACAGAGCGUGACUUCUUCAUGAGAAUGAAAUGCACUGUUACCAACAGAGGUAGAACUGUAAACCUCAAAUCUGCCACAUGGAAGGUCUUGCACUGCACUGGACAAGUUAAGGUGUAUAACACUUGCCCUCCUCGCACCCUGUGUGGGUAUAAGGAGCCUCUCCUCACCUGCCUUAUAAUAAUGUGUGAACCCAUUCAGCACCCGUCAAACAUGGAUAUCCCACUGGAUAGCAAGACUUUCUUGAGUCGCCAUAGCAUGGACAUGAAAUUUACCUACUGUGAUGACAGAAUUACUGAAUUGAUUGGAUACCACCCAGAAGAGCUACUGGGCCGUUCUGCAUAUGAAUUCUAUCAUGCCUUGGACUCAGAAAAUAUGACUAAAAGCCAUCAGAACUUGUGUGCAAAAGGUCAAGUAGUAACUGGCCAGUACCGAAUGCUUGCAAAGCAUGGUGGAUAUGUAUGGCUGGAGACUCAAGGAACUGUCAUUUACAAUACACGCAACCUACAACCUCAGUGUAUUGUCUGUGUCAACUAUGUACUGAGUGAAAUUGAGAAGAAUGACAUUGUGUUCUCAAUGGACCAGACGGAGUCUCUGUUUAAGCCUCACCUGCUGACAAUGAAUACCAUUUUUGAUAAUGGGGUCCCAGUGACUGAGAAGAGUGACUUCUUGUUCACAAAACUGAAGGAAGAACCGGAGGAGCUUGCUCAGUUGGCACCCACACCAGGAGAUGCCAUUAUUUCUCUGGAUUUUGGGACACAGAAGUUUGAGGAAGCCUCUAUCUACAACAAAGCUGUUGUUUUGACCCUAAACAAACAGUGGCCAGUAGAAGUGAAGACCCAUACUCCCCAAGGUGAAAAGCUGACUGUGCCAUCAUUUACAAUGCCUCAAGUUGCACCAGGCAGUAGUACUCCAAGUGCAAGUAGCAACAGCAGCUGUUCAACGCCAAGCAGCCCAGGAGACUAUUACAGCUCCUUAGAUGAAGAUCUUAAGAUUGAGGUGAUUGAGAAGCUCUUUGCCAUGGACACAGAGUCAAAGAACCAGUGCAACUCCCAGACUGAUUUCAAUGAGCUGGAUCUUGAAACCCUGGCUCCUUACAUUCCCAUGGAUGGAGAAGAUUUCCAGCUGAGCCCAAUCUGCCAAGAAGAACGUCCUCUCCCUGAAAAUGCACAAAAUACCCAGCAAAGUUUAAGUAGCAUGAGUACCAUUUUCCAGCCUCUUGCUCCUGCCUCUCAGAAUCAGUUCCUCUUGGAGAAAUACUGCCAACAGAUGUUAAAUAAAAAUAUGAACUCUGGUCAUGGACCUCUGUCAUCUGUGUCCUUCAACAAUGCAAACAAGUCAUCACUGCCACCGUACCAUGUGCGAGCCAGCACACCACUGGCUUCAAUGGUUGGAAGACCAAGCACCCAGUGGCCACCUGAUCCACCAGUACAGUAUGUUCCUGCUAAAUGGAGACUAAUGGAUAAAUACUGUGGGUCCUUAGCAAGUUCCUCAUCAGGGCCACCAGUGCACUCUCCCAACAUCUCCUUGUAUAAGAAAAGGUCACUGGACAGUUUUGAGCAACGGGGCAUAGAUAUAAACCCUGCAAGAAUUGCUCUUGCCAACAGUUUGAAACUGAAGCGACAGAUGGAUUAUGAAGAUCAAACAUUUCAACAGCUGAGUGGGGCAGAUUUGUCAAUGAUUAACCCGUCUCAUUUAAUGUGGAAAAGGAUGAAAAUUCUCAAAGGUGAAAAUUGUUCACUGGUUACUGAAAAGAAGUCCCUCAGCACAAGUGUCCUUACUGAUGAGUUUAUUCGUAACUCACAGAGAGGUCUGAGCCAACCAAUGAACCAACUGCAGCCGCGACAGCAGCAAUCCUCCUGUGGAAGCCCUGGUGAUCAUCAGAAAGCAGCAUUUCCCCCUCAGUUUUUCAGUUCCCAUUAUCAGAACUUCAAUGUUCAACCAGCUCAUAAAAAGUCAGGUGUGACAAGUCGUCUGCUUGGGCAAUCUUAUGAACCCUAUUUGUUGCCUGAAUUGACCAGAUAUGACUGUGAGGUGAAUGUCCCUGUUUUGGGCAGUUCUACACUUCUGCAAGGAUGUGAUUUGCUCAGAGCUCUUGACCAGGCAACCUGAGUAACCUUGCAAUAUUCCUUGGCCUAUACUGUUCAAAACAGCUUCAGUUUUUAAAUAUAUUUUUUCAAGUAGACAAUUUCUAAUACCCAAUACACUUUUACAAGAUUUUACUUAUGUAUUGAACUUGUCCACGUUACCAAAUAGCGGCCUUUUUGAAAUUACUCACUUUAUUAUUCUUAUUGAAAAUAUACAUCUACUGUAUUUUUCUCUAUUUUAAUAAAAGUGUUCUUUAGAAAAUGCAUAUGAUUUCCCAUUCUGCCUGACUUGUAAUUUAUAUUCUCUGGCAUUUUCUUCAGUACUCAUGCUAAGAAACCUGUGGUGUAAAUGUCUCUCUAAUACUUUUGGCUCCUGUACUGCAAAGAUGGAUUUUUAUUGCCAAAGAUAAAUGAAAACAAACAAAAAAAAUCUGUUCUCCAGCCACAGUUUGUGUUGACCUUCUAAAUUAAAAUUCUCCAUGCCCCUACUGUGUUUGUAGUCUAUUUCCCAGCACUAAUCAUAUUGUAAAUUUAACAUCUUUUGGAAAAAAAUAAAAAAACCUCACACCACGACUUUUUCUAAUUUUCUCCCCCUAAAUCAGAUACUAUUUGUUGAAAGAAAUGUGAAGGGUGAACUGCAGAGUUUGUGGAUAUCUGCGAAAGUUGCACAGUGUAGCUUUUUUUCCUAACGUGGGCUAGAUCCUCAGCUGCUGAAACUGGUGUCGCUCUAUUGCUGUAUAGAGAGCUACAUUGACAUAUUCUAGCAGAGGCUCUGCACCUAUGUCUUCAUUUGUGAUGGGGUUUCAUGGUUUUUUUUGUGGGGGGGUGUUAUUUCUUUUUUUUUCUUUUCUUACACAAAAUGUAACUGAAUUUUUGGAACUUCUGUUUGGGUUAUUAUGUAUUGGUACUUUUGUUAUGGCUAAGACAUAGAACCAGAACCAUACUCACUUUUUACUAGAGCUGGUAACACUCGUUAUGGGGUUGCCAAUAUUGCAGGACUGUCAGGAUUUGUCCAAAAGCCAGUACUAACACUGCUAAUUACCAAUUAAAUUGACCUUUUUUGUGUGUGCAUUUUAUACGCUAGAUAGCAACAUAAUCCACACUCAUGAAACAUUAAAAAUAAAAAUUAAAAUAGUAUUUCCCUUUGCUUACUUAUUAUUAAGUUAACAUCUUAUUUUUACUAGGGUAAGAGUGUUGGGCUGGGAGGGUUUUCGUCAUUAUUUUAGCUUUCCUUGUAUUGUUGAUAGCCUUUCUAGUGCACAUAAUCUUACAGUAUGUCAUUAUAAGGCAAUCUGACAUCUUCAGAACCACCAAAAAAACAACUCUUGUUAUCAUGAAUUUAUUUAAAGGGCAAGGAUUCAGUUUUGUUCCUGGAAACCUCUUUGCCUUUGCUGGAAAAUAAGUAUAAGUAUUGCUUUGUAAAGUCUAGCUGUUCAGUGGAAAAUGAAGAAAGGAAGGGCAAGGACCAAAUGCACGAUAGCAGACAUGUGAGGACAAACUAUUUCCUCUUCCCUAACUAACAGAUCCUCCACUGAUGAAAAUCAGUGCCAGUUUACACCAGCUGAAAAUCUGGCCCAUAAAAUUGUCCCCAAACUCAAAGCCAUUCUACUCAGACUUCCAACUCCACUGAAGUCUAUGUUCUAUCAAAUCCCUUUGUACUAUGCACUAACAUUUGCAGGUAGGGAGCAUUGCGUUCAUUGAGCACUUCAGAGUUCAUUGUGUUUAAGUGAUACUUAACCUUAUGGUCUUACACACUGAAAAAAUAAUUGAAAACCUUUUCUGUUGGUACAUUUUAAAAAAGUUAUUAGUGACCCUCAGUACCUUCAAGAACAUUUUACCAAAAAUAAGUUACUUUUAAAAGGAAUCUAUUGCUAAGUGAAGAAAAAAAACAUUCAAAAGUGUAAGCAUCUGAUGAUACUUAGCAAAGCAGCUUGACAAAUCUGCAGUGGUAAUGACUUGAGUGCUUGAAGGGUUAAUGACACUUAAAUAUUGCUCUUUUAUUUUGUUUGUUUGUGUAGUUUCAGCAUUAAAGAUGUUAUACCAUAACAGUUUACUAGACACUCAAAUAUUCCAUGCUUAAUAUUAACCAAAUGUAGCAUCAUUAUUUUAUGAUCUAUAUUUCUGAAUUCUUAUUGACAAUAUAAUGACUGUAUGGGAACUUUAACUUGAUAAGGAAAUGUAUUUUGACACUGAUACCUUAUUAAAGUAUACUGAUCCUAAA